CUGGGGCGCAGUUUGAUGGCGUCUGGCUGGCUAGCUGCUGUCCCUGCGGUGGCACCCGGGCGAAGGCUGCCUGUGUGAGGGGCCGAUGGCCCAAGUGUGCCGUGGCUUGGAGGAGUGGGAGGAGGCGGCUGAAGCCCUCCUUACACGUAGCCAUGAGUUUCCUGAUCGACUCCAGCAUCAUGAUUACCUCCCAGAUACUUUUUUUUGGAUUUGGGUGGCUUUUCUUCAUGCGUCAAUUAUUUAAGGACUAUGAGGUGCGUCAGUAUGUUGUACAGGUGAUCUUCUCUGUGACUUUUGCAUUUUCUUGCACCAUGUUUGAGCUCAUCAUCUUUGAAAUCUUAGGAGUACUGAAUAGCAGCUCCCGCUAUUUUCACUGGAAAAUGAACCUGUGCGUAAUUCUGCUGAUCCUGGUUUUCAUGGUGCCUUUCUACAUUGGCUAUUUUAUCGUGAGCAACAUUCGGCUAUUGCAUAAACAGCGACUGCUUUUUUCCUGUCUCUUAUGGUUGACCUUUAUGUAUUUCUUCUGGAAACUAGGAGAUCCAUUUCCCAUUCUAAGUCCCAAACAUGGGAUCCUGUCCAUAGAACAGCUCAUCAGCCGGGUUGGUGUGAUUGGGGUAACUCUCAUGGCUCUCCUCUCUGGAUUUGGUGCUGUCAACUGCCCGUACACUUACAUGUCCUACUUCCUCAGGAAUGUGACAGAUACAGAUAUUCUAGCUCUGGAACGACGACUGCUUCAAACCAUUGAUAUGAUCAUAAGUAAAAAGAAAAGGAUGGCAAUGGCACGGAGAACUAUGUUCCAGAAAGGGGAGGUGCAUAACAAACCGUCAGGAUUCUGGGGAAUGAUAAAGAGUGUCACCACUUCAGCACCAGGAAGCGAAAAUCUUACUCUUAUUCAACAGGAAGUGGAUGCUUUGGAAGAACUAAGCAGGCAGCUUUUUCUGGAAACAGCUGAUCUGUAUGCCACCAAGGAGAGAAUAGAAUACUCCAAAACUUUCAAGGGGAAAUAUUUUAAUUUUCUUGGUUACUUUUUCUCUAUUUAUUGUGUUUGGAAAAUUUUUAUGGCAACCAUCAAUAUUGUUUUUGAUCGAGUUGGAAAAACUGAUCCUGUUACCAGAGGCAUUGAGAUCACUGUGAAUUAUCUGGGAAUACAAUUUGAUGUGAAGUUCUGGUCCCAGCACAUUUCCUUCAUUUUAGUUGGAAUAAUCAUCAUCACGUCCAUCAGAGGAUUGCUCAUCACUCUUACCAAGUUCUUUUAUGCCAUCUCCAGCAGUAAGUCCUCCAAUGUUAUUGUCCUGCUAUUAGCACAGAUAAUGGGCAUGUACUUCGUCUCUUCGGUGCUGCUAAUCCGCAUGAGUAUGCCACUAGAAUACCGCACCAUUAUCACUGAAGUCCUUGGAGAACUGCAGUUCAACUUCUAUCACCAUUGGUUUGAUGUGAUCUUCCUGGUCAGCGCACUCUCCAGCAUACUGUUCCUCUAUCUAGCUCACAAACAGGCACCAGAGAAGCAUAUGGCACCUUGAAUUCAUGCCGAUACAUACUGGGAGAGUAUGUCGAAGUUUGGAUAUAAGGGAAAAGAAUGGAAGGGACCAGGACCUAUUGUUUUUUUAACAAACGCAAUGCUGCAGUAGCACAUUCUGCCUCCAGCAUACGCCUUCCUCCUCAGAUGAUACUGUGAUCAUGAGUGGUCUCAGCCAGAACAGGAGAAAUACCUCAGGGCAGAACUCAGCAGAGGGCAUCCUGCAUGGAUAUGAGACUGGUGCAACAUGGUGGGACGAGGAACAGAACCAGGAAACAAACUAGUGUAAGAAAAUUACACUGGGGCCUGCUGGUAGUAUGGUGGUUAAGGUGGCAGGAUUCCACAUGGCCAACUGCAUGGUUCAGUGCCAGACCCAGCGGCCUGAAAAACAUGCUGGGUGUAUGCGCAUGCGUGCACAAAAUCCAGAGAGAAGGGGGAUUACAGCGUGGUCAUCCCCCCUAGUAGGUGAUUUCUCACUUUAUAUCUCUCUGUGUCUCUCUCCGAUGAGCACACACACCCUAUAGCAAACCAUAACAAAAGUCACACUGAACUCUGGGGCAAGAGAUACUGUGGUAGCUGGGCAGCAAUGAAGAUCUCGAGUUUCCCUUGAGAAUAGCCGUCAUUAAAAUCAGAGACUGUAACA